GACUCAACUCCUCUCUCGCUCCACCUCGCCACCGGCACAUUCAUACACUGUCACCUCGCGCCAACCAUGAUCCUCCGGAGCUCACUCAUUGCCCUCGGGGCAUUGUGCCUCUCCACAGUGCCUGUCGCAGCCAUCACCACUUCCGAAAUUGACACCGAUACGCCCGUGUCGCAACUGAUCGAAUUGGCGAAUGCAAACCUCGCACGAGGAAAGGCGCAGGAUGCCAUUGUGUACUUCGAUGUUGCCGUCCACAAGGAUCCAAGCAACUACCUCACCCUCUUCAAGCGCGGCGCAACCUACCUGUCACUUGGCAAGAACCAGCAAGCCAGUAAGGACUUCGACCAAGUGUUGACAUUGAAGCCCGGCUUCGAGGGCGCGCUCACACAACGCGCGAAGCUACGAAGCAGGAACGCAGAUUGGGCAGGAGCGAAGCAAGACUAUAUUGCGGCGAAGAAGCAGGGCACCGACGCGUGGUUGGAACUGGAAGAGGCUGAAGGUGCGGAAAAGUUGUCGGCCGAGGCAGAGAAGGCUGGCAAAUGGGAGGAGUGUGUCGCACAAGCCAGUACUGCUGUGAUGGUCGCUGGAACCGCCCUGGAGCUCAGACAGCGGAGAGCACGAUGUCGGUUCGAGCAAGGCCAGGUCAUGGAGGGCAUUGCAGAUCUGAAUCAUGUCAUGCAGAUCAAUCCCGGCAACCCCGAGCCCUACCUACAGAUCUCAGCCAUGUCCUUCUAUUCUCUGGGCGAGACGGACAAGGGCACAGCCUCCGUCUCCAAGUGCCUCCAAAACGACCCGGACAACAAAGCUUGCUCUAAGCUCCGGAAGAGCGAGAAGGCCAUCGAGCGGACCAUCAAAAAGUUUAACACGUUGAAGGAGAAGCGUCAAUUUGCAUCCGCAGUGAAGCUUCUGAUUGCAGUGGGCGAAGACCCAGGUCUGCUUCAAGAGGUCAAGGACGAUGUGAAGACGUGGAAGGAAGCUGGCUAUAUCCACGCCAAUGCGCCAAAUGAGCUCUACGCCUCCCUCGUCGAAAGUGCGUGCGAAGCGUACACGGAAAUGAAUAACUUUAAGAAAGCCACGCCUUUCUGUACUGAAGCUCUCACGUUCAACGCGCAGUCGCUUCCCGCCUUGCUCAACAAGGCACAGAGACAGAUUGAUGCGGAAGAGUUCGAGCCUGCAUUGAGCACCCUCAAUCAAGCCUCAGAAGUUCAUGGCCGCACCCAAAAGAUCCAAGAAUUAAUGCAGAAAGCGCAGCAAUUACUGAAACGAUCGAAGCAAAAGGACUAUUACAAGGUCCUCGGCGUCUCGCGUGAUGCCGAUGAGAGGGAGAUCAAGAAGGCUUUCCGUAAGCUCACCGUUCAGCAUCAUCCGGACAAGGCGGCGAAGAACGGUGUCACGCAGGAGGAAGCGCAGAAGAAGAUGUCGGCGAUCAACGAAGCCUACGAAGUCCUCAGUGAUCCCGAGUUGAAAGCACGCUUCGAUGGCGGGGAAGAUCCCAAUGAUCCUCACGCAAACCAGGGAGGGCACCCGUUCCAGGGGUCACCAUUUGGACAAGGACAGCCGAUAUUCUUCCAAAGUGGAGGUGGUCAACAGCGAUUCAAAUUCCAGGCAGGCGGUGGAAUGCCGAACUUUGGGGGCGGAUUUCCAGGCGGAUUCCCGUUCGGCUAGAAGAGAAAAGGGGGUUGUUUUGGGCUUAUUGCUUGGGAUUUACGGCGUUCAACUCGGGAACCUCUUACGGAAAGGGGCGUAUUGGUCACAGGGUGUAUACCAAAGGCAUCGGUCUCGGCGUUAUGACAUCAAAGACAUGAUAUAGAUAUGUAUGAUGAAGUCUGGUUUGAA